UCUGUCCAAGCACAUGACACUGAAAUCGAAUAUUUCUCCUUCUUUCCCCUUCUUUCCCCUCUCCUCGUUACCUUUUUGGGUUUACAGGAAAAUGCAUGGAUUUUCGAUUGUGGAUGGUUUCAUGAACGUGAACGAAAGCUUAGCAGAGAUGAUAAAGUAUGUGGCGAAUGAACCCUCGGUGGGGCUUUUCUAUGUACAACAGCACACUCAGAAUGCGGUUCCCAGCCUUCUCAAUGUCAAGGAUAAAGUUGGGGAGAAGUGUCAUGAAACAACCCUUCACACUGAUGAUUUGGAGGACUCUCUUACCAUGUUGAAGUCGAUGAAAGAAUGCGGUCUGCCUCUCACUGAUGAGAUGAUUAAAGACAUUAAAAAAUCUGUACUUAUUAUGUCAUCAGUACAACCACAAAGAGGGUUAAUCCAUAACCAAAAAUCAGGUUUUGAGAUUGGUAAAAGUAGCUCUUGGGGUGCAGUUUCUUAUGAUCGUAAUGCAUUAGGUGUUCAGCAAGAUGAAGGGAGUCAUGGCAAUUAUCUCUCUGCAGUAUUGAAGUUGGCAAAGCAGAGAGCUAUGGGUCUUAGAUGGCCCGAACUUAAUUCCAAACAGCAAAGAGGACCUGAUGGUCAAGAAACUGACGAGCUGCCACUGUCUAGUCGGAUUGUAGAUGAGCAGCUUGAUAAAGCUGCAAUGGUUACUGGAAGCUUGGCAGGUCAUGAUUUAUCAUCAGUUAUGGAAAAGUAUGAUCAUUUCAGAGCUAUAAGAGAAGUCAAACUAAAGGAAUGGUUGGAGGGACCAGAUAAUCUGAACGUUACUCAAGCCGACAUUCUCCCUUCCACUUCGUCCACACCUGCUCACGCAGGUGCUUCCCUCUAAGGCGGAACACUCCCCUUGAGAGCAUCAAAGCUGGCAAUGCGAAACAAACUUUAUCUUGAAAACGCAUGAAUAUGAAAAAUAAAGCCUGUAUAUUUUAUUGUAUAAUUCUCUUCUGGUUUGGGUA